GGCGGCGAUGAGGAGAGCGGCGGCCGUGGUGGCGGAUCCGCACAGGGCUGACAGAAGAGGCAAAGGGCGAGACAAAGAGGUUGAGGUCAAGGGACAAAGAGCUGGCCAGUCAGAUCGGCGAUGCGAGUCGGGGCACCGCCAGACAAGGCUCGCAGCUCGCCCGCGGGUCUGGCGAGCAGGCGCUCUCUCGUGGGCAAUGGCGAUUCGGCACAGCGCGACGCCAGCGAGCGGCAGGGCGAUGCGUUGCGGCAAUGGAUUGGAGGUUCGCGGAUGCGGGACGUGGAUGCAGGUGCCGGCCACGAGAUGGUGUUUGGUUUGGCGAUCGGUACCACGGCGAGCUGCGGAUGGCGGGCGGGAGCGCAUGUACCGCUGCUCAGGCCAUACACGAGCUGCUACCUAAGGCUGAUACGGGCAAGCUGAUGCGGUGGGUACGGCGCAGUGCUCACUUCGC